AUGAGCUCGAGCGCGAUAGUCAACACAGUCUCAAUCAGGUGCAAAGACGAGCCCGCCAUCUUGGUGGUGUACGGGGACGACAGCGCAGGGUGGUUCACCACCUGGGGCGUCACCAAGCCGGACAUCGAGUGCUCCAUCAUGACCAUCAACUUCGCCUCGCUCGAGGCCAUAGUCAAGUCCGUCACCCCGAAGUGGUUCGUGGACAUGUUAGUCACGGUGUACUCGGACACGAGGUCGCUGGUCAGCCUAAGCCCGUUCGAGAUCGUGUACGCGUGUGUGAGGAUGAAGUCGAUGGAGGACGUCGUCAGGUCCGCCGAGGCGAGGAAGUAUGUGUACAUGGGCCUGAUGAAGGAGGCCGCCAAGUUGGGCAACGAGAGCCUGGGGCUAGUCCUCAGGCGACCCGACACCGACAGCAAGGACGACAGCAUAACGACCACCAUCGCCUUCUCCAAGAGGAUCAAGAAGGGGAAGAAGAAGGCCAAGGAGGCGAUGGCCAGCCCCACCGGCGAGGAGGUCUCGCAGAGCGAGGUCAAGAUCGUCGACCAAUACGACGUGCUGAGCGAGUAG